GUCGGUGUUUCGGAAUGUUCAUGUUAGAAAGUGGAAGUGAGGAGCGUUAGCGAGAGCUGCUCGAAUUCAAUUAAAAAACGGCUUAAUUAAUUAAAUCCGAUCAGGAUGAUUGAGAUCUCGAGCAGAAUGUGAGAGACGGAUGGAAAACAUCAUGCUGAUCAAACGCAUCAGCCGCAGUAUCGGCCGGGCGAAGGUGGCCCAUGCAGUGGUGGUCAUCUUCUUGGAGUUUUUCGCCUGGGGUCUCCUGACCACCCCGAUGCUGACGGUCCUACAUGAAACAUUUCCACAGCACACGUUCCUCAUGAACGGCCUCAUUCAGGGCGUCAAGGGGUUUCUGUCGUUCAUGAGCGCUCCUCUGAUCGGUGCCUUGUCUGAUGUUUGGGGCAGAAAGAGCUUCCUGCUGCUCACAGUGUUUUUCACCUGCGCCCCCAUCCCACUAAUGAGGCUCAGCCCAUGGUGGUUUUUUGCUCUGAUGUCCGUAUCUGGACUUUUCUCUGUUACAUUCUCUGUCAUAUUUGCGUAUGUGGCUGAUAUUACAGAAGAGAAUGAAAGAAGCACAGCAUAUGGACUGGUUUCUGCCACGUUCGCAGCGAGUUUAGUGAUGAGUCCGGCUAUAGGAGCGUUCCUGUCCUGGCGGUACGGAGACAGUCUGGUGGUUCUUCUGGCCACCAUCAUCGCAGUGGCUGAUAUUCUCUUCAUUCUGCUGGUGGUGCCCGAGUCCCUGCCGGACAAAAUGAGACUGUCAUCGUGGGGUUCGCCUAUUUCCUGGGAGCAGGCCGAUCCUUUUGCUUCUCUGAGGAAGGUGGGUAAAGACUCCACAGUGCUCCUGAUCUGUGUCACAGUGUUCCUGUCGUAUCUCCCCGAGGCCGGACAGUAUUCCAGCUUCUUCCUCUAUCUGGGACAGGUCAUUAACUUCUCCUCACAAACGAUUGCUGCGUUUAUUGCGAUGGUGGGAAUCCUGUCCAUCGUAGCGCAGACGUUACUGUUAAGCGUUCUGAUGAAGAAGAUUGGGAAUAAAAACACCGUGCUGCUGGGACUCGGGUUUCAGUUGUUCCAGCUGGCCUGGUACGGCUUCGGGUCUGAAGCAUGGAUGAUGUGGGCGGCCGGUGCCGUCGCUGCCAUGUCCAGCAUCACUUUUCCAGCCGUGAGCGCGCUGGUGUCUCACUGCACGGAUCACGACCAGCAGGGAGCCGUUCAGGGCAUGAUCACAGGGAUCCGAGGUCUGUGUAACGGACUCGGCCCGGCUCUGUUCGGAUUCAUUUUCUUCCUCUUCAAUGUGGAACUGAAGGAGAUGAGCCCCGUGGAUCCGAGCCCCGUCUCACCCGACACUGAAGAGAAGCGUGCGAUUCCUGGUCCUCCCUUCCUCUUCGGUGCUUGUACAGUUCUUCUGGCUCUGCUGGUGGCGGUUUUCAUCCCGGCUCAACACGCUCCGGCGGUGAAGACCUGCAGCACGCGUGUGAUGACGGAGUCUGCGAGCGGCGUCACGGAGAACGGAUCGGUUCCUGUGAGCGACGAAGACAACGAGCCUCUUUUACAGGACAGCAGUUUAUAAACCCAACACACUGCAAACAAUGAUUCUCUUACUUAGUGUUUUUGUCUUGUUUUCUAGUGUAAACAUCUAAAAAACUACUUGAAUCAAGAUGAAUUUACUGUACAAGUGAAAUUACUUAAGAUAUUAUGUCUUGU